AUGGCCUCCCUUCGCACUGCGGGCAUGCUUCGGCAUCUCACACACCCAUGCUCUCACGUCCGAACACUGCGCGCCUCCAACCAACGGCGAUGGGCUCAAGUUCACGACGUGCGCUUCCUUGCCACAACUCAGCAACCUCGCAGUGUCAUCGAGAAAUACCGCCAAAAGUUGGAGAGCAAGGCCAAGGAGGAGGGUCUUCCUGAUAUUGACGCCCUCAAGCAGGCGUACAAAGACAAGAUUGAGCGCCUGCGCAAGGAAACCGACGCUGCGACUAAACUACCGGGUGCUCCUGCUCCGGCUGCCCCCACUGCUGCUGCUGCUGCCGCCGCCGAGUCUAAGACUACCACCACUACAACAACGGAGGCCGGAACACCUUCUUCCAAAGCCGCACCGCAAACGCCAGCAAAAUCCGGAGGUUCGGGCUCCGGAUCUGGCAUUAAGCCCCUCUCCGAGAUCCUCGACAUGACCAAAGCCCGCGACCUCCCCAUCAAGGAACUCUCCGCCAUCUGGCGUCUUCGCUACGCCACCAACCCGCACUCCUUGUGCGCCGUGAUCCCGUCAGAGACCUACUCAGCCAUGGACACGCUCGCGCGCUCGCGCCCACAGUUCGUGCUGCCCGUGCCGCACCCGGACCAGGGCGCGGAGAUCCACUUCCUGCAGUGGACCUGGGACGCGGCGACGGCGACGUCUACUGUGCUGUUCACGCAGCUAGCCGAGUACAAGAACCGCGGCGAGUUCGCGCAGCCGCACACGACGGUCACGCACUACAUGGACUUUAGCGCCGACAAGGGCGUGGUGCUGAUGCAGGGCCAGGUCAUGGAGGAUAGAGGUGUGACUCCUGAGAACGCCCAGUGGUUGCUCAUGUGUCUUCAGAGAUUCUAUGGCGGUUGGGAUGGCACUGGUGGCGAGCAGGGCCAGGAGAGGGCGAACGAGCGCAGGAAUCUGUUAGAUUGGUUUGCGAUGGGAGACCAGAGGUUUAGCGUGGAGAAGCUGUUGGAGGAGGCGGAGAGGAUGGGUUAA